AUGGCAAGAGAAUACUUUGAGAAUUCUUACAGUGAAAAACAUGAAAGUUUUUUCAAAAACAACAUCAAUAAUGUGAAAACAACAAGAAGGCCCUCGAUUCCAAUUCCUGAAGAGAGAAACAAAAAGAGACCUGAAUAUUCGAAGAUGUGCAAGUUUUUUGUAGCUGGAGUUAUAGUCGUGCUGAUGAUCAUUAUUCCAACAGCAGUCAUUGCCGGGAAUACAACGACUAAAGUCUUUACUACUUCGGCAAAACUUUCGACGACAGCUCCGAAGACGACGAUAAGGACCACUUUAACAACAAAAACAACUUCAAGGACGACAACUUCUACGACAACAAUGACAACCACCACCACGACAACAACGACAACUACUACAACAACCACAACUACUACUACAAGUACAACAACCACAACGACAACAAUCACGACUUCAACAACAACUCCGACUACGACUCCGACAACUACUACGACUUUUCCACUCACAACAACUGCUCCUUGCACAAUCUACCAACCCGUCAAGCCAUAUUUUUACAGCUGCGAAGGAAUUCGAGCUGAUGGAGUUCAAUGCGACAUUUUGCACCGGGUGAAAGUCAUCUCGGCUUACUUCGGCAACUGGCCAGUCUACAGCGACCAAACUUGUCCAAACUGCGGCCAAGCUCCUGGCUUUUGCGACCGAAAAUGCUGCCAAAUCGACUUGACCGAAUACGCAAGAAAGGAGUGCAACGGAAAUCGAAAGUGUACAUUCACGGGUGACUCAACAAUCGCGGGAGAUCCUUGCCCUGGAAUCAAGAAGUUUACUUUUGUCAGUUACAAAUGUGUGCCUUUUAAAAAGCCAUCAUCCGGCGGAAGAAAAAACUCGCUUGAUGUUUUUACUUUGCUUUGCUUCCUUUUUCUGUUUCAAUCUCCCGGUUUAACUUAG